GAGCGGCCACUAAUUCCUGAUGUGCGGUUCAACCUUGGCACCUACGGGGACGUUAACUGCGCGCUGGACUUUCGGUUUGACGUGCGUGGUGUUCGGCUACUAGUGCGCCUAUUCGCGCUCCCUGCUGUCGUUGUGACGGACAGCAACGAUCGUUGUCAUGCCGAAGAAGUUGCAGCAGUCAUGCUCUACCGGCUCAGUUAUCCUCGCCGACUACACGACAUGGCUCGCACCUUCGGCCGAUCAAGACCUGCACUUAGCCGCAUUUUCCUGUGGAUGAGUACGCAUUGCUUUAACACGAAGUGGGUGGGUUUUGUUAACUUGCUAACGGCGUUGUGCUUUAGUUGA